AUGGAGCGUUUUCGAAGUCAUACCCAUUUCAUCCCAUUGAAAGAUGAUGCCUCUCGCCUUGAAUUGCUGCCAAUCGAGUCAGAAGUCGGCUCAUUCAAAUCAUCUUCAGUCAAGAAUGGCCUAGACAGUGCUGAAGGGCAAUCGCAAAACAGGACGCUAGUGGUCAAAGGCUGGCCUCAAACCUCCAAGGCCCUGAGGAAGACGGGCUGGAAAAAAGUAGGAUCGCUGGCAAUUGAUACACUCAUUGCCCUGAUCCCGCUUUUGUUUAUAGCCGUGAGCCUAGUGGCGAUACACAUGUCGGGCUCGCCGAUAUCAACUGAUGGAGACAGAGUCAAGGCUGCUACAACUUUAGGCCCUACGUUAUUUCCAAUUCUCUUCGCUGCCAUUGUUGGAAGAUCGUUGAGGUCGCUCGCAUUGUUUCAAGCUGAGCGAGGAGCAAAGUUGGGUACACUGGAGCAGUUGAUGGGUAGUCUGACUAUCUUUGGUACUGAAUUGCAAUUCUUGCUUCGCACCUUCGAUUUACUUGGAAUCGGUCUCAUCGCGCUGUGGGCCUUAUCACCGCUGGGAGGCCAGGCUUCCCUCCGACUACUUGGACUGGGGAAACAGCCAACCUCGUCCACUCAAAAUGUUUCAUAUCUCAGCCCCGAAUCGGUGUCUAUCCUCGCUCAAGGCGCGGAUGUCAUCUCGUCACUCGGUUUUUCCACCAAUGCUCUCUACUUAUCAGCUCUUUUCACCCCACCAGCUACCCAAGCUUCGGCUGUGGAUACCUGGUCGAACGUGAAAAUCCCAACAAUCGAGAAACUGGAAUCCACAAGUAAGAGCGACGCCGACGGGUGGUAUCGCGUCUUCCCCGAGAACGCAUCAUAUUCCUCGUUGGUUGGUCUGCCUAUCGACGGCAUCAGGAAGAGCGGAUCGUACCAUUUCUAUGUGGAGUGUCUCUACAUGGCGUUGGAUUGCCCAACCGUUUCAGACUCCACGCUAGUAAAUGGGACAUCACGUGGAGGCUUCUCUCUCAAUUUUGUCACUGAUGAUCCGGGAAACCUGCUGCUCUACCCCAAUCAGACAUCUUAUCCCUCGGUCAAACCAUGGGGUGUGAAUUUCAGCGCUGUUUCUAACAUUGAGUCUGAUGACUCAUUCAUCACCAAUUGCACUUUGACGCGUUCGAGCGUUGAAUCAAACAUAACAUGCGAUGAUGGCUCUUGCAGCGUCACACAGAUUCGCCGAUCAAUAUUUGAUCAGCGUCCGCCCGGCUACACGCCGCUGGUUUACGGAAUUGGGGCUGCUGGUUUGGAGACAUACUGGCCCAUGUCGGGCGGCAGUGGUGAGCACCCUGGUAGUUCAACACCUACAGAAUAUUUCAUCUCGGACCCCACAAUGAAUUCGCUGUCCACGUCGAUAGCAAGCGGCGGCGUUAGUCUCAAAGGAUUGUCUGCCGACCUGUUCAGCGAACGGUUUUCCCUCGUCUUCAAUACUUAUUGGCAAUGUAGCCUUGUACCAUGGUAUCAGACAGGAAAUUUCCCGAGCAACGCUUCUGCUCUCAAUCAUGAUUCCUUUGACAUCAAUUAUAUGGGAAUCUUCAACACAACUACGACUACGGUGACGACCUUUACAGACAUAUAUGUUUGCAACAAGAUAUGGGCGGCCAUCUUGCUCAUCGCUUCGACUGUACUCCUGCUAUGCGGGAUAGGCGGUGCAGUUGCCAAACACAUGGCCCGUGGUCCUAAAAUCCUAGGGUAUGUGAGCACGAUGACGAGAGACAAUCCGUACAUUGACCUCCCGCCCGGAGGCUGUACUUUGGACGGCUUGGAGAGGGCGAGGCUCCUGAAGGAUGUGGAAGUCAAGGUGCAGGAUGUUUCCGCGGAAGGUGGAGUGGGUCAUAUCGCCUUGGGAAGUGCCGAGACGUUUGAUUCGGGGAAGUUGAUCUCGGGUAGACUUUAUGCGGGUGCUGCUUGA